CCUGGACAAGCCUUUUCAUGGCAUAUAGAAGGCGCAAACACAAAAGAGGUGGGUGUAGCCAACAUUCUUUCUUUUAUUUUCCUUUCCUAUGAUGGUGCCUUCAUCAACAACCACCCCAACCACUUCCUCAACCACCACGAAUGCCUACUUCCCGGUCAAGAUGUUUGGGAGGAUGUUUGGGAUAAAACCUGGACAUCCUCCCCAUCCACCUGGAUCUGAUCUGCAUCCUCAGUCCACCACCAUCAAGUACACCUGGACAAAAGCCUUUCAUGGAGCUGGUCUACACGAGCAUCGCCACUUUCAUCUUGUCUUGCAUCUGGUCUACUCUCAUCCAUGAUUCCUGGAUCAACCCUCACUUUCGGCUCACCUUCGCUACCAUGGAUGUUCUCACCGCCAUAUACUUUCUUUCUCGCGUUCGCUUUGCUCCUGGAAUAUGGGCUCAGCUCCGAUCACCAUCUCCUCCUACCGUCGCCUUCUUUAGGAGUUUGCCCUAGCAUAUACCUCGCAAUGUCUGGGGCAUCUACGUCGUCAUUCUGGAAAUGGAUGGUGCAUCGCCUCGGAUAUACAUCGGCUCUGGUACUGCAUUCAAGGGGGGCGUACUCUACCGUACACGUUCCUAUUGGAAGCACAAAAAUCUACCAUGGAAUGUUAAGAAAUUUUCUGGUGGUGGCUACUACAUAGGCCUGGAUUCUUCGAGGAAGUUCAGAGAUACCCUACCCAAAUGGUAUUCACUGGGGUUGGCAGUGUUCGUUGGGGAUGUAGGAAGCGAUGUAUACUUCUGGCUAGGUCUUACCUCUAGGCACAGUCCAAAGAAACUGGCACAGUCCAAAGAAACUCAACCUCUAAGUUGCACCCAAAUUGUACCCUGAAGGUAUUCGGUAUGUUUGACAUGAACACGUCACAAAACAACAAGUAGUGUAUACCUUCAGAG